AUGAUGUCCCCAGCAUACAAGCAAUUCCUCUUUGCAGUGCUUGUUGGUUUUGCUGUUGCAGUUUCAGUCGAUUCUCAGAACCAAACAGAAACAAAUGUGUCCUUGGCACUUGUCUCCCGCAAAGACACUGGUUUAUUAGCUAAUGAUACAACAUACAACUUCAGGUAUCCAACCGAUAUUCAUGAUCGCGUGUGGGAUACCAAAUCCGUUAAUGAUGAGGAGUUGCAAUUAAGUACCCCAGCCUUGGUGAACAAAUCUUAUUUUCAUGCUGAUUUCCAAAUACCUUCUGCUAUCAUGAGCACUGCUGUCGCCACAAAAAAUGCAAGCGAUCCUUUGGAUGUUUACUUGGAUGCUGUUGAUAACAAUCCAGAAUAUCAUGUUUACUUGCAUUUUGCAGAAAUUCAAAAGCUCCCAUCCCACCAGCAGCCCAGAAAUUUAUAUAUUGUUUUGAACGGACGGCCUCAAGAGCCGUCAUUUGUUCUACCUUACUUGUCCACGUAUACACUUCACACCACCUGGCCCGGUACAAUAUUUUCUUCUAUGUCAAUCCUCAAGACUGACAACUCUACCCUUCCACCCAUCCUCAAUGCCUAUGAGACUUACGAGGCUAAAAAGUUCUUACAAUUGGAAACAAACCAAGGAGAUAUUGAUGCAAUUGAAAACAUCAAGUUAAGUUACAAAAUCAGUAAGAACUGGCAAGGAGAUCCAUGCAGCCCUCAAGCUUACAAGUGGGAAGGACUAAAUUGUAGCUAUCAUGAAUCCAGGCCCCCAAGAAUCAUAUCUUUGGACUUGUCCUCCAGUGGAUUAAGAGGCCAGAUAUCUCCUUUUAUAGCCAAUCUCUCAAUGAUACAAGCUUUGGAUUUAUCAAACAACAACUUGACAGGACCAAUUCCAGACUUUUUGUCUCACAUGCCAAAUUUAACUGUCCUAAACUUGGGGCAAAACAAGCUCAGAGGCCAAGUUCCAGCAGGGCUCAUUGAUAGAAAUAAAACUGAUGGCCUAUCAUUGAGUCUGUGUGAAAAUCCAAAUCUACCCAAAUUCGGACAUGUUUCUUGCAAAUCAAGGAAGAAGCACAAUGUUGUUAUCCCCGUGGUAGUAUCCAGUGUUGGAACUAUCAUCCUCUUAUUAACUGUAGCAGCUAUCUGGUGGAGAUGUAAAAGUGAAGAAAUAGAUGAGCCAAUCGAGCCACGGGGUAGAAAAUUUACAAAAUCAGAGAUCGACAAGAUUACCAGCAAUUCUACACUAAUUGGACGAGGCGGAUUUGGAGAAGUCUACCAUGGCACUCUAGAAAAUGAUACUCAAGUUGCUGUGAAAAUACUUGAUUUAUCAUCAAGUCAAGGCUCAGAAGAAUUUCAAAAUGAGGUUAAGUUGUUGAUGAGAGUUCAUCAUAGAAACUUGGUUUCUCUAAUUGGCUACUGUGACGAAGGUGACACUAUGGCGCUUAUUUACGAAUACAUCGCAAAUGGAAAUUUGCAACAGCAUAUAUCAGCUGCAGAUAUACCUUACAAGGGCUUGACUUGGAAGCAGAGACUUCAGGUUGGAGUAGAUGCAGCACGAGGAUUGGAAUAUCUGCAUGAUGGUUGCAAACCGCCGAUACUGCACAGAGAUUUGAAGCCUUCCAACAUCUUGUUAACUGAGACGUUGCAAGCCAAGAUAGCGGACUUCGGAAUUUCUAAAGCUCUUGCAACUGAUUCUGCCACUCAUGCAUUAACAGACCUCAGAGGAACAUAUGGGUACCUGGAUCCUGAAUAUUGCACAACUGGACAGCUCACUAGAAAGAGUGAUUCAUACAGCUUUGGGAUUGUGUUGCUAGAGCUUAUAACUGGCAGACCAGCAAUAAUAACAGAAUUAGAAACUGUACCUGUUAAUGUAUCUGAUUGGGUGAGGGCUAAAUUUGAGAGAAUGGAAAUUGAAAGCAUAGUGGAUUCAAGAGUACAAGGGACAUACAAGUAUUCUUCUGCACAGAAAGCUAUAGAAACUGCCUUGGCUUGUGUAUCUAAAACACCAACAGAAAGGCCAGAAAUAAGUCAUGUGUAUGACAGAUUGAAGGAAUGCUUUGAGAUUGAGAAGGUUUCUGAGGAAUUAGAGAUUGGGAGUGGCGAUGAGGGACGAUUAAUAACUCAAAUCAGAGAUUGCUUGGAAAUGAACUCCCAGGUUCAGUCUAAAAGACUUACUGUUUAG